ACCUAACAUAACAAACAUUCAAGCAUUAUGGCGGCGUCCAUAGAAAGUCUGUUAACGGAGAUAUCCUCGUCUGAGGACCCGUUAGAAGGUCUCAGAAACCUCCGUACAGCCGUUUUAGCUAUUCCUGUGAACAACUUGCGAGGAGUAGGGUCCGGCUCUCGGUUGGAGGUGAUUUUUUCGCUUCUCAACACCACGGACAAGGAGCAGAUAGAGAUCUGUGUUGAAGUUCUGGGGCGCAUCCUGCAGGCCCAAGAUCCCGCCCUCUUGUUUCACGCGAGGAAGUCUGCGCUCGAGAGCGGCCUGCAGCAUCCGGACGACAGCGUCAAGAUUCUCACUCUCACACAGAUGGCCCGGGUAGUGCAGAAUGGUGAGGCUCUGACCCAGGUGCUGGCCUGUGAGGAGAUCCUGAAGAAAAUCAUCCAGUGCAUAGCUGCUGAGAAGAUCUCUGUUGCUAAAGAGGCCAUCUCUGCUUUGACAAAGCUGGCUCAGUGUAAGCCUGGGCUUGACGCUCUGUUCCGAGCUCACCUCAAAGAGCUGAAAGACGUCAUGGCCUUCAGUGACAUCGUCCGAUACAGAGUCUAUGAGUUAGUGGUGGAUGUGUCUUCUGUAUCAGCUGUCUCUCUGGGUUAUUGUGCCAGCAAUGGUUUCAUCUCCCAGCUGCUGGAGGAGAUGACUGGUGAUGACAUCCUGGUUAGGGCCACGGCGAUAGAGAUGGUGACGCGUCUGGCUGAGAGCCAGCAUGGCCGCCAGCACUUGGCCCAGCAGGGCACCAUGGAGCAUAUCUCCAACAUGGUCAUUGGUGCUGAGUCCGAACCCUUCAGCAGCCUCUACUUGCCAGGCCUGGUGAAGUUCUUUGGGAAGCUGGCUCUGCUGGAGGGCCCUCAGCAGGUGUGUGAGUGCUACCCAGCCUUCCUCAGCACCGUGUUCGACAUGCUGCUGGGGCAAGACCCCACACAGACCACCGUCGCCAUGGACACAAUCGGAGCCCUGGGGGCCACUGUGGAGGGCAAGCAGGUCCUACAUAAAACAGGUGAGAGGUUCAAAGCUGUGUGGGAAAAAAUGAGUCAGAUUGCCAAAGAUGGGCCAACAGAUAUACGGGUGCGCUGCCUGGAUGCCAUUGGACUCCUCCUCUCGCUUCCUGCAGAGGAGCAGACGGAAGAUCUGUGCGUUCUAUCUGAGACUUGGUUCUGCGCUAUAAGUUCUCAGCCGCUGGAAACGUUCCGCAACAUCAGCACACAGCCAUUCCCUGAGCUACACUGUGGCGCCCUACGGGUCUUCACUGCCAUAGCGACUCAGGCUUGGGGCCAGAAGAUGAUGAUUCAGACUCCAGGCUUCCUGGAGUGGAUUGUGGACCGGUCGUCAGGAAUGACCAAGGAGGCAAAGGAUGCCAAGUUUGAGCUGGUGGGGGCGCUGGCAAGCUCGCCCACUACCCAGGAAGUGCUCGGCUCCAACAAUGCACUGCGUCUCAGGACGUAUCUGAGGGAGGGCCCAUAUUAUGUCACUGCCGUGGCUGCAGUGUCAACGGAGGGGGCAGAAUAAAGCGUGUGCACACAUACACUAACAAUUUCCAAUGCUGAAUUAAUGCUGUUUUUGUAUUUCUGUAAUCUUUGUGUUAAAUAAAUGGUGUGUGUUAAAUUGGC